AGUAGUUGUGCAUGCAGAAAUCUGCCUCCAACAUUAGCCUUACUGCAGCCUGACAGCUCAUUUCUCCUGCCUUGUAGCAUAGCCUCAGCCUCAGACCAAAGCCAGGGACAAGGAACCUACACUACACAGCACCACAUGGCUAUCUAAGUAUAAACAUGAUGGCGAAACAAUCUUUACAAAUAAGUCUCAAAUGGAUAAUUCCCAUAUUGCUAUUGAUUUUCCUCUUAUCCUUUGCCUGGAGAAGAUCAGCUGUAAAACCAAGUUAUGUUUACUACCAGGAGACAGAGAUCAUCAAAAAUAAAACUCUAGACACAAAAAUUCUUACAGAGAAAACAGAAUUAGUUAUUCUAGUUUGGGUUUAUCCAUUUGGAGAAAGGUUUCCCCUUGAUAUAUGUGAAACAGCUUAUGGCAUAACUGGCUGCAAGCUAACAGCAGAUAGGCAGCUCUAUAACGUUGCUGAUGCUGUCAUCAUACAUCAUUAUGAUAUUAUGUAUAACAAAAACUCAUUGCCUCAAACACCAAGGCCUCAUUACCAGCGAUGGGUGUGGUUUAAUCUUGAACCUCCAUUAAUUAUACAGAACUUGCAUUUCCUGGAUAAUCUAUUCAACUUGACUAUGACAUUCCGGCAAGAUUCUGAUGUCUACAUACCAUACGGCCGUAUUGAAGCAGUGAAGGAACCACAGAAUAUUACUAUUCCACCCAAGUCUAAGUUGGUGGCCUGGGUAGUCAGUAAGUGGUAUCCAGGUACCCCACGCAUUAAGUAUUAUGAAGAACUUAAAAAGUACAUUUCAGUUGAGAUCUAUGGGAAGAAACACCUGAAGCUGAGCAGAACAGAUUUUCAUAAUACUAUAUCCCAGUACAGGUUUUAUCUGGCUUUUGAGAACUCCAUAUAUAAGGACUAUAUCACAGAGAAAAUAUGGUCGAAUGCAUUCGGUACCUGGAGUGUGCCGGUUGUUUUAGGGACCUCUCGUAAGAACUAUGAACGAUUCAUUCCCGGGGAUGCUUUUAUUCAUGUGGAUGAUUUUCCAAGUGCUAAGGAACUUGCUGAUUUUCUCCUGGAGCUGGACAAGGAUGAUGAAAGAUACAGGAAGUAUUUUAAUUGGAGACAUCGCCAUAAAGUAACAUUAAACGGUGGAUGGGCCAGUUCAUACUGCAAAGCCUGCAGAGUACUAAAACAGCAAUCUGAAUAUCAAGUCAUUCCCAGUGUGAAAACAUGGUUUCUGGAAAAUAACUCUUUCUAGUGGCAUGUUAUUUCCUACCUCAGACAAACUGCUGGAGGGGCACCAGCAUUGAAUCACUGGAUGUAGCACAGUAUGAACUGUUCAUCUUAGAGU